UCUUCAGAAAAGGCACAUCGCUAUCAUGUGGCUUCGUUAUUACUAUUUGUGUUGUUGUGCCAGAGAUGGGACUGGUGCGCUGCAAAAGAGAUGAGUCCCUGUCUCAAACGGGGAUGGUUCUUGACAGGUAACCUUGAAACAUAAGGGCAUGCAGUGAUGUCAUGAAAGAAAAGUGACCCAUGGAAGGGUAAGGAAGAAGGCCUCGUCCCUCCCAAGUCCUUGAUCCCGCAUCGUCACAGAACAAGUGAAACACCAUUUGUAAAAGUCACCCAGGUGUUAAGCAGACCCUGUGUGUGUGUGUGUACCUUGUGACUUGUGUGUGGGAUUUUCUGUGGCAUUGGGCGUCCAUGUUCUAAGCUCUUAGGGAAACAAACAUUCACAUAUAUUCAGCAUCUCCCUAGCAUCUUGGCCUGUGAUACAGAAUUAGUUCAAAGCGUUAUGAAACUCAACCCACUGGAAGAAGAGUUUGCUAUCCAAGUGGUCUAUAUGCUGGUAGAGCCCUUAGGCCUCAGUUGGGGCCGCAUUGCAGGGCACUGUACAAACAGCCAGCCAGCCAACAGCCACAGAUACACUGAGGGAAUAUGGAUACAACAAACAAUCCAACGACUCUGGGGAGGAAUUGGCCCUCCUGGGUUAGUUUCAUGGAUGGUGGAUGGCUGGUUUCAGUUGAGGGCAAAGGAAAGAAGGGGAAGAACAACAGGCCCCACUUGUCACCUGCCCAGCAAUGACCUCUGCUGUGGUGCCUGGAGAACUAUCCAGAGGGGCAUCCUGAGACGGACAAGGCAAUGGCAGUGGGGAUUUUAUCAGGGGUUUUCCUCAGGCAUGAAGGCAGCACAGAGGUGUCAGAGAGAAACUGCCUUGUGGGCAGUGAAGACUGGGAACACUGGCAGAGCGAACACAGGUUGACAUCACCAUAGGUAAGUAGGUCACCAAGUGGAGUGGGGCAACAUUAUGAACUGCCUUGAAGGUAAAGACAAGUAGCUUUUAUUUGAUACACAGGUGAAGGAGAAGCUGGCAGAGGGACUCAGGGCCUGACGUCAGAACUCCGAGAAUAAGAUCUUGGCAGAAGCAUGGUGAAGACACAAGGGGAGAAAGGGUGCAGGAGUCCAGGCCAGACAAGGGGAGGAUUCUGUAGCCAAGACAUUCAGGGAUCCGGGCUUGGACAACAAUUCUGGCUGUGUAUACAGGGGGGAAAGGCUGAUGCCAGAGGAGACGUGUAAGAAAAAUGUCAAGAUUUAGCAAUGGCCUGAUGUGCAUCCAGUUUAUUUCCAUGUCUGUGCAAUAGAAACUGGUAGUGCUUUGGGUGGGGCUAGAAUCCCUUUCCCUACCCUCUCCCACACACAUCCUGUUACUUACCUCAACACCCGCAAUGGUUUUAGUGAGUUCCGCUCACAUUUGACAUUUUGAAUGUCUGGACCCUGCAAUUCUACUGCUGUCCUUGCCUGCAAUUAACAGCCAGCAGGCCCUCUGGAGGCUUUAUCUGCCUCUGGCCAGGGACAGAAUGCUAAAAGGCCAUGUGAACAUUAACCUCUCCUGCUGCUCUGCAGUUCGGUGCCCCCAUCUCCUCCUCCACUCCUAUUGGCUGCUUUUAGGCCAGCCCCCCACUUGUGUCUCCAGACACCAUUCCUGGCUUGCUAGAGGUGCCUUUUCCUGCCUCUCUCUGUGUGCUGUCAAACAUGGCUACAGCCCAGGACAGGGCGGUUCUUCAAACCAUCUUUAACCCCAGUGCUCCUUUUGGGGACAUCCCCGCCUCAGAUGCGGGAGAGGAGGCAGAGGCAAUCCAAGGGGAAGAUGGAGCUUUCACCUCAGAGCUCCUGGAGCAAGUCAAAGAGCUGGAGCUACAGGGAGUUUUGGCAGCUGAAUCGGGAAAUGUGAACAUGGCCCUUGAGAGAUUCAGCCAGGCCAUUUGGCUCCUUCCGGAGCGAGCCUCGUGCUACAACAACCGUGCCCAGGCCCUUCGUCUCCAAGGGGAUGUGGCAGGUGCGCUGCAGGACCUGGACACAGCCCUGCGCCUCAGCAGGGGCACAGGCCGUGUGGCAUGCCAGUGCUUCGUGCAGCGAGGUCUCAUCAAUGUGCUGCAGGGCCAUGAGGAUAAUGCCAGGCAGGAUUUUGAGCAGGGAGCCAGACUGGGUAGCGCCUUCGCUCGGCACCAGCUGGUCCUGAUGAACCCCUAUUCAGCGCUCUGCAACCAGAUGCUGUUGGAGAUGAUGAGGAAGCUGCAGAACCCAGACAUCCAGGGAAGCAACUAGAGCCCAUCUGUCCAGGCAAGGGGUCAGCUGAGAUUGUUCCAGGGGAGAGGGUUGCCGCUGAAUCAUUCUGCUGGGCCCGGCAGACAGGAUGCCUUCCACGUGCCCCACAUAGAAUCCUGAACUCUCCACUGAGGCAAGGGCAGCUGAGAUCAGGGGUCUCAACCAUUUUCUUUCUGAGCCUCCCCCCCCGCCCCCAACAUGCUAUAAAAACUCCACGGUCCAGCUGUGCCUCAACAACCUUUUCUGCAUAUAAAAGCCAGGGCCGGUGUUCGCAGGUAGCAAACAGGGCAAUUGCCUGGGGCCCUGUACCACAGGGGGCCCUGCAAAGCUAAGUUGCUCAGGCUUCGGCUUCAGCCCCAGGUGGUGGGGCUCGGGACCCUGGGCUGCAGUCCUGUGUGGCAGGGCUUUGGUUUUUUGCCCUGGGCCCCAGAAAUUCUAAUGCCAGCCAUGCUUGGUCGACCCCCUAAAGCCUGCUUGCAACAUCCUGAGCAACGGCCGGAUGUUUGUGGGGAAGUUUGUCUUUUGCAGAGCCUGAGGCAUCUCAAUCCUGGCCACCUCCCCUGGCCUGGCACAAGGCAUGAUCUGCAGUGUCUGUCACAGGCAGGUUCCCAGAUGAGGCCCCCAGGCAGGUGAGCCACUUGGCAGGAACUCGCCAGGAGUGGGCCACUGUGUACAAACCAGCACAAGCCACUUCCUCCCCAGAAGCAUUUGUCGUUUCUCGUAAAGCUUUCGAACCUCAUGAGUGGAUCAGCUGAAUUGGAAUCGCGCCAUGUUCUGGACAAGCCUCCCCUGCGGCUGUUUCUCACACUUGCCUGCUCCAGAGAAGAGCUGACCCUGCUUCAGCUUGGGCAUUGGUCUUCCCUAUCACAAAUAAACUCUCUAGUUUGACUGGUGCUGGGUUCCAGUUGUGUGGGUGUAAUUAAUGUUCUUUUCACUUUUAGAUAUAAGUAGUAAUAAAAGAGUGCUCUGAAAAAACCCAGCCCCUUCCUAUGUCCCUAGCAAAUGUAGCCAUUGGGUUCUUCAGUUCCCCAGGUCCUUGUUCACAUGUCAC